UCACAGCAGCUGUGACGGGGGAGGCGCAGUCUGGUGCUGAAAUACUCAGACAGCCCUAGAGUCCUGGGGCGGGGGAGGCCUCCGGAGUCCUGGAGCCCAGCUUCCUGCCCAGGGCAGGACCCACAGGCUGACUCAUCCCAGCCAGGGCUUGCUCAGGAUGGGACUUGAAAACCUCUAGGGCUGGAGAUCCCGUCCAUAAAAUGCUUAAAUCUGAGGGAGUCUAGGGAAUUAUUUGCAGUCUGGAAGGUGGUUCUUGUUGCUGAAGCUUGCUGGAUAAGAAAGAUGAAUGCUCCAACAUCAGAAUUUUGGAACUACAUCCCAGAAGAAAUCCUCAUCCAUAUAUUUUACUACCUGUCUCUCCGAGAUAGAUACACAGUCUUUCAAGUGUGCAAACAUUGGGCCUCAGCUGUUUCUACUAGUUCUGUGUGGCAUUUCACAGAGAUCAGUUGUGUUUUGGAGAAUGAGGAGGGUAUGCUACAGAGUUUACACCAAUUUCUGAGCCAGAUAAAACACCUGACGAUUGUGUUUGAUCAAUCCAAGGAAAUAAAUCGGAAGAAUGUCACCCAUGUUCUAGACAUGUUGGCCAGGCAGAACCACAAGCUGCAGAAGCUAUGCAUUGUGUGCAAAGGGGAGAACCCUUAUUUCUAUUCUGGCCAGGACAUCCUGCAGAGCAUACGAAAUAUUUGCCAGAGAGAAAAUCAAAUAGAUCUUCAGCAUAUUGAUUUCCGGAGAAUGCCAUUCACCCUUGAUGAUGGGCUUGUUGGACUCAUAGCCAACAGCAGCCCAAACCUGCGCAGCUUGUUCAUCAAUAACCACACUUUGGUUUGCAAUGUGAAGCCAGAAACCAUCAGAGAGGUUCUGAAAGUAUGCCCUGAAUUGUCUACCUUGGGAGUCUACUAUGCCAGCCUGUCUAAUGAUGUGUUUGCAGAACUGAUCAAGCCCGAGAGAGGGACUUUCACACACUUAAAUAUUUUCUGUGAGCGCUUAGACAAAUAUAUUCCAGUCAUCUCUGAAGAGCUGUGGGCUGCUGUGAGCCAGAAGCAUCCUCAACUCCGUGUAGAACUAGAGUUUGAUCACACAGUCCCUGCCUGGAAGAUACCAAGAAUCCUAAAACCCAGCAUACCUGUGGAUACUUUACAGCUGAACACUUUUACGUACAUGGUGAACCAGAUUAGGUUUGUCACCAGCUGUUACAGCAGGACCUUAAACAGGCUGGUGCUCAAGACCACCCCCUCAGAUGAUUUGAACUCCUCGCUAAUAGACCUGGCAAGGAAGUGUGUCAAUCUAACAGAGAUUCAUUGUUUCUGUGUAGUUAGCCAGGAGGUGGUAGAUACCUUCCUUAUACGCUGUACCAGACUGAAACAAUACACUCUCAAGCUCAUCAAAGAACCUUACCCCUGGAAACCGAUAGUAAUUCAGUGAUGCAUCUGUUCUGAUUUGAAGCCAGUUUAGAAAAAACAUGUGGAUACACAGAUUCCAAGUGAAUGGAAUUCUGGGGAUUUUAGGGUAAUGCACCAAAACCAACAUCCCUUACUAGGGAUGUGAUAACAUAAAAGUGUAAAUCCGUGGUCACCAACCAGUAGAUCGCGAUCUACCGGUAGAU